UGGAAAGAUUCUUAAUGGCCAUCAGUUUUGUAAUUCUCUCAUGAUACUCCAAAUUCGUUUCCACAUUCAGUCUCUCAUCAUAAGCAAAGACGCAAUUUGGCACCCUGCGCGGCCACAGAAGGGAAAGGAAAGACACUCAGUUGUGAUAUCCAACUCGAAUGGUGUAAGGUAAAGCAGCUAUACUGCAUCAGAUGCGCAGUCAACACAGAGCUUGCUGCAGAUGAUAAAGACAGUGUGGCGCACUGCCAAGCUUGUGCCGGUUGUGAUUGCUGUGGAGGAUUUGCUCUAUGGUCCAGCAUACGUUAGUGGUCGGUCUAUGCAGCCAACGCUCAAUCCAGAGAGUGCUACUGGUCAUGAUCUCGUUUUGGCAGACAAGUGGAGCAUUAAGCUGUACAGAUACAAUCGAGGAGACGUCGUUCUGCUGAGGUCUCCUGAAGAUCCAGACAUGACGCUCAUAAAGAGACUGCUUGCUUUGGAAGGUGACUGGGUGACCAUUCCAGGCAGCCUGGAGCUGGCAAAAAUUCCCAAGGGACACUGUUGGGUGGAGGGCGACAACCCAGAGUUCAGUGCUGACUCCAGGAGCAAGUUUGGCCCGGUCCCAGUGGCGCUCAUUGAGGGACGGGUCCAGUACAUCUUUUGGCCACCAUCGAGAGCAGGCCGCGUGAACUCGCAUGUGCCUGCCGGACGGCUACUUGUGAAAAAUGAUCAUGCUUUCACUGAUUCUAGCCACUUUGGUGCUUUUGAAGACAGCUCAUGCCAGCCUUGAUCCAAUUGCAAUGGGCACAUUCCUUUGUUAUCGAGUAAUUCCAAUUUAGCAUAAAUGCAAUUGCAGAUGUCACUCC